CGGGGCGACCGUAUCACGUGACCAGCGUGGCCGCCAUGGGACUGCUGAGACCGGCAGUGUUGUUGGGUCUGCUGGGGAGCAGAGGAGUAAUAAGAAGUAUGUGUGCUCAGGUGGGAGACUGGCAGAGUGCCAAGUCCAUUUAUGAAUUCUCUGCCAAGGACAUCGAUGGAAAUGAGGUGUCUCUUGAGCAAUACAGGGGUUACGUCUGCAUCAUUGUAAAUGUAGCGUCUAAAUGAGGAAAGACCAGAGUAAACUACACUCAGCUAGCGGGAAUGCACGCCUCCUACGCUGAGAAGGGUUUACGCAUCCUGGGCUUCCCAUGCAACCAGUUUGGAGGACAGGAGCCAGGUACGGAAGCAGAGAUAAAAGAAUUUGCCAAAGGUUACAAUGCCGAGUUCGAUCUCUUCAGCAAGAUAGAGGUGAACGGAGACAACGCUCACCCUCUGUGGAAGUGGAUGAAGGCACAGCCCAAAGGCAAGGGAACCCUGGGAAACAACAUCAAAUGGAACUUCACAAAGUUUCUUAUAAAUAGAGAGGGACAAGUGGUGAAGAGAUACGGCCCAACAGAUGAUCCCAGUGUGGUGGAGAAGGACCUGCCCACAUACCUGUAAUGCCGCUGUCUUUGUUGGACUCCUAACCUCUCCCGUGGACUUCAGGGCGUGUGUGUGUGUGUGCACCUGGACCAGUGACGGCCCGUCUGUAAACCCAGCACUGGGAAGGGCAGGGCCUGAUGAUCUUCUGCGUGCAACUUAUCUCCAGAGCGCACUCACACCAAACCCUGUCCGACCACAGGAGAGAACGCUCACUAGUUAUCUAAAGUAGAGACACUGAACACCAUACUUCACUUUGAACAGCCAUUCCUUUUGCUAAUACAAAUACCAUGCCGUCCUUUCUGAAUGUUAAGUGACAGGUUUGCUCACGUAUCAAGGUCAGCUUUGUGCAAAAACAUAAAAUGCCAUAGAUUUCACUGAUUUCUGGAAACUACUGAAAACAUUGUUUGUGCUUAACUUGCCAAAAGGCCCAUUAUUGUAUUUGAAAGUGAUGACUUGUGUGAUGAAAUUGGAAAAUAAAUACUGGCGUGGA